AUGAAGAUGGUCUCGGCUCUGCUUCUGCUGGGCACCCUCCUGGGUACCCCUGCGGUGCCUUCCCAGCAUCCCUCUUGUUACAAGAGGGCCCUAAAAGACCGGAACUGUCAGAGCAUCCCUGAAGGUGCAGAGAACCUUCGUCAAAUUGAUGAUGGUCUGCAAGAUCACUUUUGGGAAGGGAAGGGCUGCAAGGUGAUCUGUUACUGCAACUUGAAUGAAUUGCUCUGCUGUCCAAAGAAUAUUUUCUUUGGACCAAAGAUAUCUUUCAUGAUCCCCUGCAACAGCCAGUGA